CACUCCUCCUCACCAUGACCUCUUCCGCUGUUUCUGCUCUGGUUAUGCUCGCCCUUGUGGUGGCUGCCACCGGCUCUUGGGUUGGCUACUCUACCGCCAUCCCCGAAGGCUACGCCCUCCAGGCCAGCCACAAUGCCUCGCGCCUCUACACCGUCACCGCUCCGCAAGGCGUGGCCGAGAACUUUGGCUACGACUCGCCAGUCUACCUCCUCGUCCUCGAGGGCUCCCACUACCAGAUGGGCUACGACUACGGCGCCCUCGUGGGCCAGAAAGUGCUUGACCUGGCCUCGCUCUUCCUCCACAAUCUGGUCUCCAAGAACGCCGUGGUCCAGGCGGCUGUCCGCGAGUUCUGCGUCUGGCAGUACGAUGCCUUCCUCGGCAAGGCCACGCCCGACAUCUACGCCCAGGAACUGGCCGGCAUCGGCGCUGCCAACCCCAGCGCACUCCGUGACGUCAAGACCAUCAUCACCCUGGCCAACUUUCCUGGCACCAUCACUGAUCUCCGGUAUGUGCUGGAGAAGGAGAUUUUCGGCUCCGACCUGGCUGCUGCCCGCACCAUGGACGUCAUGACCAUGCUCGACGUCAUCCUCAUCGCCGACGGCAUGGAUCCCGCCCGUGCCCGCCGCAUUGCCGCUGGCCUCCAAGCCCUUGUUGACGCCAACUACAAGUCGUUCGGCUGCUCCAUGUUUGGCAUCUGGGGCAACCGGACUCAGGGCGGGAACGUGUUCUCGGCCCGCAACCUCGACUGGGCAUCGUCGACCGGCGCCAACACCGGUAAGGUCGUCACGGUGUUCAAGCCCAACGACGGCGGUGUGGCCCAUGCCACCUUUGGCUUUAUCGGCUUCUACGGUGCCCUCGCCGGUGUCUCGGCCGAAGGCAUCUCGGUCCACGAGGCCAACCUCGAGGAGGGCGAGGCCAUCUCGUUCAAGGGCAUGGCCUGGGUCCUCCGCCUCCGCUACAUCAUGGAAAAGUCGAAGCAUCUUGACUCGGCGCUCACACUUUGGAACGACGAGCACAACACCGUCGGCUUCAACUUUGGCAUCAUGUCGCAGCCCGAUCGCGCCGGCGUGGUCAUCGAGACCAACGACAUCGACUCGUACAUCUUCCAUGCCGACUCGCCUGUCGAGGCCGCCGCCACCAUCGAGUACGAGGGCAAGACCGUUCAGUACGGCUUUCCCAUGACCGACGCUGUUUACCGGACCAACGCCGCAUACGCGCCCGAGACCCGCAAGUACUACUCGUGGUCGCAGUCGCGCAUGUCCAACUCGGAGCUCCGCUACCUGCUCAUUCGCGACGGCUUUGUCAACUACGCCGAGGAUGGCGUCCUCGUUGGCAUGGACCAGGCUCUCAACAUCACCGCCAUCGUCGCCGCAAAGUCCAAGCAGGAGCCUGCCGGCGACCCGUAUCACUGCCCGCCCAUGCCGCAGCCGACCCCGACCGGCUCCAACAUCGUCUCGGCCACCAACGACCUUGCCUCGCUCACCUCGUACGUGGCUUGGGGCAACGGCAACGGCGCCACCUGGCGUGCUGCCUGCUGCAACACCUACGCCGCCUUUGAUCUCACCAAGUGGUUUUGAUGCCACCGGGUAAACGCCGCUCGUUUUACUUGUAGAA